AAAAUAAUAUACUAGUUGCCGUAUAUAUAAGUGCGUAUUUACACACCUUUACGCUUUGUAUGAAAAUGUAGAACCUGGUUUCACGUGAAAGAACUACCCUCGGCAUGUGUCCUACUGAUGUGUUUUACAUGUGGUUGUAAUUGGCAGAAAUAGUAAAAUUUGUUGUAUUCACAAUGUGUGACAGUCAUUCACUCAGACCACACACCCCUGUUGGGGAGGUUGAACAUGUACACCAUUUAUCAGAACAAAUUGGCAAUCUGUUCCUAAGCGAAGAAUAUAGUGAUAUCACUUUCAUUGUUGAAGAUAAGCGUUUCUAUGCACAUCGUGUUAUAUUAGCUGCAAGAUGUGAAUAUUUCAGGGCACUCCUAUUUGGCGGAAUGAGGGAGUCAAGACCCGAUUGCACGGAGAUUGAACUGAAAGAUACUACACCAGUAGCAUUCUGCGCAUUACUCAAAUACAUUUACACUGGUAGAAUGAAUCUACAAGACCUGAAAGAUGAUGCGUUAUUGGAUGUCCUUGGUCUUGCACAUCGUUAUGGAUUCACUGAUUUGGAGAUGUCUAUUUCAGAUUAUCUCCGUGCAACGUUAAACAUACACAAUGUGUGUUUGAUCUAUGACGUUGCAAGUCUCUAUCAGCUGAGGUCACUUAAAGACACUUGUUGCAGUUUCAUGGAUAACAAUGCUGCUGAAGUGAUGAGUAGUGAAGCAUUUCUAGCAUUAUCGGAGUCUGCUUUGAGAGAAGUUAUCUCUAGAGAUUCAUUCUGUGCUGUAGAGAUUGAUAUAUUCCGUGCUGUAUUAUCCUGGAGUGAGAUGAACAGUGACAUUGACCCAACCCACAUAGUCAGUGCUGUAAGGUUACAAUUGAUGUCUUUACCAGAACUACUGAACAUUGUGAGACCAACUAACCUUGUCUCACCUGAUUCAAUACUGGAUGCAAUUAAGUUGACUUCUGAGAGCAAAGCCAGUGAUCUUCCAUUUAGAGGAUUUCUUUCCUUGGAGGAGAAUGUAGCCUGCAUGAAGCAUGGUGGGCAUGUGACCCAUGGUGAAAUGCCUUCAGCACUAUUAGAUGGCGAUAUAUCUAAUUAUGAUUUAGACAGAGGCUUCACAAGACACACAAUAGAAGAACCUUGUGGUAAAAAUAGUAUUGUGGUGAAAUUAGGCAAAGCUUGUAUUAUUAAUACUAUUAAAUUACUGCUUUGGGACAGAGAUACAAGGUCAUAUUCUUAUUACAUUGAGAUUUCCAUGGAUGAAGAAGACUGGGUUAGAAUUGUAGAUCAUUCCAGAUACAUGUGUAGAUCAUGGCAGACAUUAUACUUUGAUCCAAGGGUUGCCAAGUAUAUACGAAUAGUUGGUGUUCAUAAUACUGUAAACAAAGUAUUUCACUUGGUAUCAUUUGAGUGUUAUUACACUGCUAGGCCAUUUACAUUGGAAAAUGGUCUCAUAGUGCCAACUGAGAAUGUGGCUACAGUUCAUGCCAGUGCAUGUGUGAUUGAAGGUGUAAGUAGAAGCCGUAAUGCUCUGCUGAAUGGUGACACUAAAAAUUAUGAUUGGGAUUCUGGUUACACUUGUCAUCAGCUUGGAAGUGGUGCCAUUAUAGUACAGCUAGCGCAGCCAUUUGUCAUUAGUUCUUGUAGGCUGUUACUGUGGGAUUGUGAUGAUAGAAGUUAUAGUUAUUAUAUUGAGAUAUCAACAGAUCAACAUAAUUGGACUAGAAUUGCAGAUAAAACCAGAGAACCUUGCAAGUCUUGGCAGACUGUGUUCUUUGAGAAAAAAACGGUGACAUUCAUCAAGAUUGUUGGUACUCAUAACACUGCCAAUGAGGUGUUCCACUGUGUACAUUUUGAAUGCCCAGCACAGUUAAAUGGUCAAGGUCAAGAUGAACUGUCAACGUCUUCUGCAGCUUCAGCUGCUGCAACUCAAACUGAUGGAUCAAGUGGAAGCGGAUUACAGGGAGCUGUAGCUGGGCCGCCACUGCCACCUUUCCCCAAUCAGUUAUUCCCGGGUCCCGGCAUGCCACCGUUUCAUCGAUACAUGCCAGGAGCAGGUGAUGGCAUGAAUAGAUUUUAG